AUGACGUCCCACUAUCAUCUUUCGCAGUUCCAUUGCAAGCUGCUAGAGCUGAGAGUGAAUUUCUACCAUUGGUGGAACAGCAAUGGUAUAGUGGGGAACCCGGAAAGACAUCCAGACAUCCUCACUAGACGUCUUAAAAAUAUUCCGUUGAUAUCUUUACGAAACUCUGAAUGUGCUGCCUAUUUAGUGGCAGUGGGAUACGACAAGGGAUCUGCCCUAGGGUCACCAGUACGGUCACCAGUGCAGUUGCCAGCCAGCCCGCAAGUGAAGAAGAUCGAGCCGCUGUCCAAGAAGAUUAGUAGUCCCGAGAGAAGACGAUUCCACGGAUCAUAUCAAUUAAGAGUGGUUGAACAAUUAGACGCACCACCGGUGACCAAGUCUGGCGGCUCAGAAAUUGAAGAGAGGUUGGAGACACCGUUGCCGGAGAACCAAUGGGAAGACCCACAGGAUCCGGAAAACUCCCCUAUUGAAGAACAGUAUCCGCAAGACGGCGUUAAGAGGAACAGAUCCAUCACCAGAUUUUUCCCGUUCAGAGCGAAAAAGAUGAAGUUCAUCAAGACUCCUCCGCUAGAGGAGAGUGACAACGAAGUGCCUCCACCUCCGCCUCCAACCAAACCACAGAGACAGGUGUCGAUCAUCGAACCGAACGAAGAGGAGAAUCCAAAGUAUCACGAGUUCGAGUCCGACUACUAUGACUCAAUGCUAGUAGAUGCGGGUAGACGUGGGGAGAAUAGGCGCGCGUUUUCUGAUAUCACCAACAGUUCGACCAUGGUUUUCCGUCCCUUGAAGGCCAUCUUAAAGCGCGAUUUUGGCGAGAUGUACGAUUCUGGAGACCCAUUCAACCAUGCGAGAGAGUCAAUGAGAGUUGAGCGGCCUGCGUCGCGGCACUCGGUCGUGUCUGCGCCAGGACGCAAGUCUACGAGACCAGGGUCGCAUCUUUUCACCACGAUAAUAAAUGACAUUUCACUGAACGCUGCUUUGCAGGCCAAUGGUCUGGCCCCAAGACGUCGCAUCACCAAACAGGUGAAUCCAGACUUUACGAACUUGAACGACUACACGUCGAUCAUGAGCACACAAAGCAAACGGUACCAGAAGCAGGAACGGCCUUUAUCAAUGGAGUCGUACGGCAGCCAUGCAUUUGUGAUCGGACCAGAGGCCGACCUGGCCUCGGGAAUUGGCCCGAUGACAAUUGUUUUGGAGAAUGCAGGUGACCGGCGACAAUCGACGCUGAAUUACGGAACGGAUAUUAUCGCAGAUUAUCAGCUAUCGGACAGAACAUUUUCAAGAGGAGAGAACGUGCUGGUUUCUAGACCACACACAAGGGAUGAGAAAGACCAUUCGGCGAUCUUUGUGCCGCAGUUGGACCAAUUGGAUUAUCUAGACUGA